GCCAAGUAUGAUAAAAGAGGAGGCUUUGGGUUAUUCAGCGGAAGACAAUGAUUCUCCAGAUGUGAAUCUCCAUCAGCUCUACGGUGAAGUCAAGCAGGAGGAGGAAGAUGGCAGCGUGAUAGCAGGGAAUGAAAGUGAGAGCAAAAAGGAGGAGAUGUUGCCAGAAAGAGAGGACUCUCCAGAUUUGGAAGAAACACUUUCGAAUCAAGUAAAUCCCAGCAGACCAGAGGGGCAGGAAAUGGAAAUGCUUAAGUGUGAACCUACCAUGCCUGAGCCAGAGGCCCUCGGUGAAACAACGACCCAGCAAACAAUAUCGAAAGGAAAGAGACCAAGUGACCGGCUGUUCCACAGUCUCAAUAAGAUUCAGAGGAGCCAGACUGGGGAGGAACUCUAUCAGUGCUCCGACUGUGGCAAAGCCUUUCUCUCCAGAGCUGGCUUUAUCAUGCACAUACGGAUUCAUGGCCGAGAGAAACCGUAUGAAUGCUUGGACUGCGGGAAACACUUCCGGCGGAGCUCGCACCUCAACAGCCAUAGCAGGAUCCACGCCGGAGUGAAGCCGUUCAAAUGCGCAGACUGUGGAAAGGGAUUCAGCCGCAGCUCCAACUUGAUUUCGCACCAGAGGAUGCAUACGGGGGAGAAACCGUACACGUGCUCCUCUUGCAGCAAACAGUUUUGCGACAAGUCAAGCCUCGUUCGGCACGAGCGGCUUCACACAGGGGAUAGGCCGUAUAAGUGCACCGAAUGCGGGAAAAGCUUCAGCCAAAGCCACCACCUCAUCACACACCAGAGAAGCCACACGGGGGAGAAGCCCUAUAAGUGUCUGCUCUGUGAUAAAAGCUUUUGCGACCGCUCGACUUAUAUCAGACACCAGAAAAACCAUACGGGGGAAAAGACCUUUAAGUGCACGGACUGUGGAGAAUGCUUCAGCCGGAACAAACACCUUGUUCGGCAUCGGAGUAUCCACACGGCGAGGGAACUGUAUACAUGCCCAGAUUGCGGCGAGAGCUUCUGCCGUCGGUCGGGCCUUAAGAUGCACCAGAAGAUUCACACGGGGGAAAAGCCAUUUGAGUGUACAGAUUGCGGGAAGAAGUUCAACCGCAGCACGAACCUUAUUAGCCACCAGAGGAUCCACACUGGAGAGAGACCCUACGGCUGCCCCGAAUGUGGGAAGAGGUUCAAUCGGAGGACUCACCUUGUUAGCCAUCAGAAAAUCCAUGGGCUGAGGAAAGGGUCCACAGAAAUGCUCAAACUUGGAGAAGGGCUUCCCGCUCCAGAUCUCAUGUCCCCGCCAUCUUACAUCAUUACGACCAUUGUUGCUCAGCGUAUAGAAGCCAUGGCUACAAAUUCCCCCAAAUCAGAGCAAGAUCCAUCAGAGGAAAUGAAUAUCCCAACAUCAACAGAGGCUGAGGAAGAUAGCGAUGGGGAGACCAGCUUUCUGGGCAACUGCCAAGGAUACGAGAAUGGGGAGGAGAGCUUUCCUUUCGAAAGGCAUGCCGAUAUUGGGAUCAGUGGUCUGUCACUGGCAAGACUCAAUGGGAAGCUCUUCCAGGUUUGUGGGUUGGGAGAGACUCCCGGGAUUGAGCAAAGCCAAGAAAUCCACCGGGAGAGCCAGACGGAGAUCCAGGCUUUGAUUCAUCAGAAACGUUUGGAAGAGAGACCCUUUUCAGAGGGAAGCCACAAAGCCAAGCGGAAGAGGACCGGCUCCAACUGGGGGACCGUCCUGCGCCGUGGCUUUGACUUCCCACGGAACCAGAAAGCACAAAAACUGUACACCUGCACCUAUUGUGGGAAGAUCUCCAACAACAGUGCCCACAUGAUUAUCCACGAGAGGACGCACACGGGCGAGAAGCCGUACAAGUGCUCCGAGUGCGGCAAAUGUUUCAGCACCAACUGCAACCUCAUGAAGCACACCCGAGUUCAUACUGGGGAGAAGCCAUACAAAUGCUCUGACUGUGGCCGGAGUUUCAGUGACAAAGCCUCUCUCAUUGUCCACGAGAGGACCCACACUGGCGAGAAGCCCUAUGAGUGUCCAAUGUGUGGGAAGAGCUUCACGUCCAGCUCCAACCUCAUCACCCACAAGCGGGUCCACACCGGGGAGAAGCCAUACAAAUGCAAUGAGUGUGGGCAGAGCUUCGUCCAUCGGCCCCAGCUUGUCAUACACAUCCGGACACACACAGGGGAAAAACCUUAUGAGUGUUUGGAGUGCGGGAAGAGCUUCAAUCAGAAAGCGGACUUGAUCAUCCAUGGGCGGACCCACACAGGAGAAAAGCCGUACGAAUGUGUUGAAUGUGGAAAAACUUUCAUUUCCAGCUCUUACCUUCGGAAACAUGAGCGGCUGCACACGGGGAAGAAAGCCCAAGCUGGGGAAGAAAGCCACAAAUGCACUUACUGCCGGAAGAGUUUUAUCAGCCGGUCCAAACUUCUCAUUCAUGAGCGAACCCACACCGGAGAGAAACCUUUUGAAUGCACUGAAUGUGGAAAAGGCUUUAGUACGAGCUCAAACCUGGUCAACCACAGAAGGGUCCACACGGGGGAGAAGCCCUACCAGUGCUUAGAUUGUGGGCAGAAGUUCAGCACGAACUCCAACUUGGUCAAUCACCGGAGGGUGCACACAGGAGAGAAGCCGUACGAAUGCUCGGAUUGCGGGCAGAGCUUCGGUCACAAAGCAUCCCUCAGGAGACACAAGAGGAUCCAUUCACGAGAGACAACUAUAUGAGUGGGUUGCUGUAGGUUUUUCAGGCUGUAUGGCCUUGUUCUAGAAGCAUUCUCUCCUGAUGCUUCGCCUGCAUUUAUGGCAGGCAUGCUCAGAGGUUGUGAGGUCUGUUGGAAGCUAGAAAAAUUGGGUUUAUAUAUCUGUGGAAAGUCCCUGGUGGGAGAAAGAACUCUUGUCUGUUGAAGCUAGGUGAUUUCAAGAAACCAGCAGGUGCUAAAGAACUAUUUUCUUUGUUCUGGGUGCUUCACUUUUUCAUAAAAGUUUAAUGUGUA